ACCGGAUGGAUGGUUGAAGGCCUGAAAUUGUUUGGUCAUCCUACGCUCGCCGGCUUCAGCACAGACGCCCUUGUUGGCCAACUGUGUGCACUGACACGUUACGCUUUGCUUUGCUAAAGUGUGAACAUCAUUUUCCUUGUGCACCAAAACUCUUCUUUAAACUCCUUCUAAGGUGCUAAUUCCAGUUAGGGAAUCUGAUUGUAAUUUGCACUAGUAUAUCACGAUUUCUAACUCUAUCGGCUUCGUAGCACCAGAUCUAGCUAAUAUUUAUACUUUUUUUUUUUAAAACAUUCUUCCUCAUGCUGCUAUGUUGAAGUAUUGUGUUAGUUUAGACCACCAAAUAGCACCCAGUUUCUAGAAUUUGUGACGAAGUUACCGACACACUAUCAACUUCAAAUGGAGUACUAACAGAGACUUUUGUUUUUUUUGUUUUUUUCAAUUCAUUUUUAGGAUAGUGCUUUCUCAUAUUCUGUGCUGUUCAUCUAAAACUUGGACCCUGGGGGUGACAUGGUAUUUUAUCAAAAUGAUUCAUAUAAAAGAAAAGUCGGUAGCAUGCUCUUUCGUGUUAGACUAAUAAAAGACGGAGAUCGACUUGCUCUAAACAUGGAACUACAGGACAGGCACACUUCUUAGUAUCAGAUUAUUGUUGUUGUUGUUGUGCUUCUCACAAACUCUUUGAAAUGCCCCUGGAACUUUGGCAGUGACUGGUAAAUGGCUGUCUGUUUGCUUGGCUUCUUCUUUUAUAAUUCAUUGUUUUUUUUUGUGUAUAAUCAUAAACUCUAACCGUAUUAAAUUACUUCAGUUUAAAUUGAGUUGUGAUCAUAUUCCGUAUAAAACUAGCUAUCGACAUUUUUUUUGUCUCCAUGUCUCUUCUUCUUUUGUCAAUGAUAGCAAAGGGGUGGAAGCAUUAUUAUCAUUAUUUUUAUUCUUUUGAGAAGUGUAAAGAAGCAGAAAAGUGAUAGUCUAUGGUUUACGUAAAUAUCAUGAACAAAUUAUUCAGUAAUCAUGUGACUUAUCAAACGAGUAAGUUCCAAAAUGCAGCUGCUGCAUGAGAAAAAAAAGGAUCAUCAUCAUCACAGUCAAGAGGGUUUGGUGUUGACAACCGUGGUCAACCUUCAGCCCCAAAUUCCAGAAAUAAUGAUCAUUACUGCCGUAACUAUGGCGAUCAAGUGGGUGUCGAUGGCAUGCUUAAGAGCUAAUUGUCAAUGGCUGGGGAGCAUGGGUGGACUUUAAUCGAUGGCAAUCAUACUGUUCAUAGAUUAGUCCUCGGGUUUCGACAUCGAGACACGCCCUGACCAGGUCAACUUCUUCUGUAUGGUUGGAGAUUUGCCAUGGUCUUGCUUUGAGAUUUCUUCUUAAUGUAGUGUAGUGACGGUCAAAGAGGUUGUGGGACGAGCUCCACCAGUCUGCCAAGUUUCAUACGUAACAUGAUGUUCAUCAAACACACAGUAAUCGUGUGUCUCGAUCAAAGCCUAUUUAUCAUGUCAACUCCGUCGCAGGAAAACCUGCUUGACACCUGCCUUCGAUAUCCUUCGUCGAUCUCAGUUUCUACUGUCACUCAUCAGACGCUGCUUGUCAAGUCGAAGGGAACCAUUGCUAUCAGACUGCGCCACCGUAAGAAACUGCCGAGAAGUAGGCAAUGAAUUAUAAUAUAUCUUAUGCCUAUAAAAGCUUUUUAUUACCUCAUGGAAGCACCGCGACUCUCCUUGUGAUCUGUACCCUCUAUAAAGCCUUCCCUUUUGUCUUCCGAGGAACCAUCAUAACAUAUAGGUUAGCAUGGAAGAAGGCGAUUGCAAUACUAGCCUUUCCCUCGCGAUAGGUGGUGGCAGACAGUUCACGCCGAGCACAAGUCUUCAUGUCCUAUUCCCGCAUCAUCCGAAAGAAGAAGAAGAAGAAGAAGAUACGCACCGACAUGUAGGCAGCGUAUCGAGAUGGAAGGAGCUCGAUGAGGAGGAGGAGGAGGAGGAGGAGGAGGAUGGUGUCAGCGGUAAGGAUGACAGCAGCAACCUGAGCGACGACAAACCAGUCGGCACAAGAAAGAAGCUGAAGCUCACGAUCGAACAAGUGACGUUGCUCGAAGAUAGCUUCAGACAGCGCAGCACCCUUAAUACGAUGCAGAAGCAAGAUUUGGCGCACCGGCUAAAUAUACGGCCACGACAAGUGGAAGUCUGGUUCCAGAAUAGAAGAGCCAGGACGAAGUUAAAGCGGAUCGAGCUGGAUUACGAGUGCCUCAGGAUGCACUGCGACAGACUGAUUGACGAGAACCGGAGGCUAAAGAAGGAGCUGCAGGAGCUGCGGUCUGCGACUCCGGCGUCGCCGUUCUACGUGCAACUUCUCAAGGCAGCAACGCUGAUCACGUGCCCCGCCUGUGAGAAGAUCGCGGCCGCCGGAAAGAGAAAGAGCAGUGCCUUGGAGGACGGCAUGAAGAGGCCGCCGCAGCUGGUGCCUGUAAAUACUGCCCUACUCCGUCUGCAAAACUAACUUAUUGUCGUGUGAAUUAGAAGAUGGAUGUUGAAGUAGGGUUGCAUCAGAAAGCAAAAUACAUGUACUUUGGAAUUCAUCUGUUUGAUCCAACUUUUGUACACAUAUUUUGUUCCCAGUCGAUUGGGAAUUUAGAUUUGAUCUACCUACUCUUAGCAAAUGUAUCCCUACAACUUGGAACUUGAUGGGUGGACGAGACAGAGGAGGAGAAAUUAAGUUGGGAAAGAUACUAUAUGAUAAGACCGAAA